CUCGGAGUGGAGCUGCACAUGCGGCAGCUCCCUGCUCCGUUCCGCCCAGCCUCCGUUGCUCUGGAACGGGUCCCUGCAGCCCCCAGCCGAUGGCAGGGCAGUAGCCGCCUGUCAGGGGUCCUGAACGGCUGAGGCAGACGCGGCGGCUCCAGGGCCUCAGAGAGUGGGUGUCUCCGGAGGCCAUGGGCUACCCCGAGGUAGAGCGCAGGGAACCUCUGCCCACGGCAGCGCCGCGGGAGCGGGGGAGCCAGGGCUGCGGCUGUCGCGGGGCCCCUGCCCGGGCGGGCGAAGGGAACAGCUGCCGGCUCUUCCUGGGUUUCUUUGGCCUCUCGCUGGCCCUCCACCUGCUGACGUUGUGCUGCUACCUAGAGUUGCGCUCCGAGUUGCGGCGGGAACGGGGAGCCGAGUCCCGCCUUGGCCCCAGCACCCCUGGCACCUCUGGCACCCUGAGCAGCCCCGGUGGCCUCGACCCUGACGGUCCCAUCACCCGCCACUUCGGGCAGCCAUCACCUCAGCAGCCGCCGCUGGAACCGGGAGAAACCACACUCCCCCCACACUCCCAGGACCGGCACCAGAUGGCCCUUCUGAAUUUCUUCUUCCCUGAAGAAAAAUCAUACUCUGAAGAGGAAAGUAGGCGUGUUCGCCGCAAUAAAAGAAGCAAAAGCAGUGAAGGUGCGGAUGGUCCAGUUAAAAACAAGAAAAAGGGAAAGAAGGCAGGACCUCCUGGGCCCAACGGCCCUCCGGGACCUCCAGGACCCCCAGGACCCCAGGGACCCCCAGGGAUUCCAGGAAUUCCUGGAAUUCCAGGAACAACUGUGAUGGGACCACCUGGCCCUCCAGGUCCCCCUGGUCCUCAGGGACCCCCUGGCCUACAGGGACCUUCCGGUGCUGCUGAUAAAGCUGGACCUCGAGAAAACCAGCCAGCUGUGGUGCAUCUGCAGGGCCAAGGGUCAGCAAUUCAAGUCAAGAAUGAUCUUUCAGGUGGAGUGCUCAAUGACUGGUCUCGCAUCACCAUGAACCCCAAGGUGUUUAAGCUACAUCCCCGCAGCGGGGAGCUGGAGGUACUGGUGGACGGCACCUACUUCAUCUAUAGUCAGGUAGAAGUCUAUUACAUCAACUUCACCGACUUUGCCAGCUAUGAGGUGGUGGUGGACGAGAAGCCCUUCCUGCAAUGUACCCGCAGCAUCGAGACGGGCAAGACCAACUACAACACUUGCUACACUGCGGGGGUCUGCCUGCUCAAAGCCCGGCAGAAGAUUGCCGUGAAGAUGGUGCAUGCCGACAUCUCUAUCAAUAUGAGCAAGCACACCACCUUCUUUGGGGCCAUCAGGCUGGGCGAGGCCCCUGCAUCCUAGAUUCCCCCCCGCCCCGUUUCUGUCCCUGCCCGCGCCCCUGCCCCAGGGUUGGGAGCCGGGACUCCCAGAACCUCUCAGUGCUGCUGUGGAGCGAGGUGUUAUGGGUGUCGCAGCCACAGAGAUCAAUACCCCAGGGCUAUUUAGUCCCCAGGGACUCCAGGAUGAUGAGGCCCGCUUGACUUUCCAGAAUGACCUUGAGUUCACAGGACGUUUGAUGGAGCCCCAGAGUUUGCAGGAAGCAGGACCUUCUUCCUUGGCUCCGUGUGUCAACUGGCUUAUGGCUCAACUCUUCAACCUCAAGGUCCCUGUUGUCAGAGUGAUUGUUUCUUGCACUAACGUGGGGUUUCUGGGGCAGCAGGCAAGAGAAAGCAAAGGUGGACUCCAGACCGUGGGGGCAAGCCUCUGACCCUUAGGGGCUGCCGUUCCUCUCUUGGGUAGGGCUGGGGGGCAAGGGUAGGGCGGGAGGGGAGUGGUGAAGCCUACGCAGAGGGGCGGGGAGGGGAAAGGCGGGUGCUGGUGGCAGAGACCCAGGGAGAAACCUGCCAAGCAGGCAUCCUCGGUAGUGGAAGGCUUCUUGCUGCCCUGCACUGCAGCCUGCCGGAGGGUCGGGGCCGGGGGGUGCUCUUCCCCCUGGGGCUGAGAGCCACCUUGCGUCGGCUUGCUGGGCUUUGGGGGAUAGGAGGUUUGCCCUUCUCGGAGCAGUGGCAGGGAAUGGCCACACCUCCGCCUGCCCAAGAACCUGAAGGCAUACUUGGGGCCACGUGCCUUUCACUUUGUUUACAGCCGUGUUCCACACUCAGAAAAAUCUCUGGGUCCCCUUCCAAUUGCCCCCUUUCCCAGCCUGACCAGAACUCCUGUCUUCUUUCGCCACAGAGCCUACCUCUGUCUAAGACAGGCGCCUUACCUGGGACCUGUGCUUAUGUGAGUCUGGGAUACUCUUUCGAUGACCUGGGCGCAAAGAGACUUUUCCGUUUAUUAAGCAACACAAAUAUUCAUCUAGUCGAGUUGUGUCUGGGGGCAAAGGGUUGGACUGGAUGACCUCCGGGAGUCCCUUCAAAUUCGAAUAUUGAGGCAGCUUCCACGAGAGCCUACGAAUAUUCCCAAACCGCAGCCUGCCCCUGGGGCAUUAGCAAGGCAGAACUUUUCUGCCUGACCCCAAAAGGGCAAGAAGUGGGAUAGGACGGUGGGUUUUUUUCCUCAAGUUUGCUGUGACCCAAAGGGUCAUUAGCCUAGGCCCUAUCCAAAAGGACAGCAGCCGAUGCCCUACUGACCCACCUUUCUUCACUCUCGCUUCGGAAAGCCAUAGCGGAGUCACCAGAGAUCCCAGUGCCGAUCGCCUGAAUCCAGGCUCAAGAGAAGCCCAGCAGCUAGGCAUCGGGCAAGGCUCUGCCCUGUAGCCAGGUCCAAAAACACCUUACCCACCCCACCCCCCGACCCCAAGUUCCCCACUGGGUCAUACAGUGGGACCGUUCGAGGGCCUUAUCGCUCACUGCCAGGGGCCAGCCUGGUUUCUGGAUGCUGGGUCUCGCUCAAAGCUGGGGAAGGCCAAUGUUGGACCUUGUGCUACUGUCACUCCUGAAGUGACUUUCCUUUGGAGGAGGUGGGGUAAGUCCCUUCCGGCAGCUGAAAUCCACCAAGGACAGGUGUUCAUUUCUCCACUGUACCUUCCGUUUCCAAACAACUGUAAUGCUCGGCCCUUGGUGGGUCUGGGCCAGUGGGGGUGGGCUAUGCCGCCAUCGUCUGGCUGCUGAUGACAGCCUUGCAACCCCAGGUGGGGUAAACUUGAAGCAUGCAUCUGGCCCAGGCUUCUGGAAAGUACCUUAGAUAGUCCUCAGUUGUAGCGAGAACUAAAGGGAUCCUCUCCUUCAGGUUUGGACAGUACUUUCUCUCUCAUUAUCUCCUUUGAGGAUGCUAUGAACCCCAUUGUGUAGACAAGGCUCCGAGAGGUGAAGUGCUUUGCUUUGUUUCUUGCACUAACGUGGGGUUUCCGGGGCAGCAGGCAAGAGAAAGCAAAGGUGGACUCCAGACUGUGGGGGCAAGCCUCUGACCCUUAGGGGCUGCCUCACCCUGAUCCCAACCAGUUUAAGCCACAGGCCUGGGGCUUCAGCCAGGUCUGCCUCCGAAGCCAUUCCAUUAUGCUGCAGCAUUGUGUUGAAUGUGCGGUCUAGAGAGAACCAAUAAAAAUGGGAAUAGGGACCCCAAAUCCUUCAGCAUCCCAGAGAGAAACCCAGACACAUGCGUUUUCGUUCCUUGGUGGUAACUCCUUGAUGUUCUUUUGGCUGCCGGGGGCUUUGUAGCAAAAAGAGUAGGACAUUUCUUUGGGAAACAGCUCCUGUGGUCAGAAUCGUCUUGGCACCACGUCGAAGCAGCAGGCCUCCAGUACCCACAGAACUGUAUCCCUUAUGCUCUUCCACCCACCCGUCGUGUAAGGAGCCCCUGCUGCGGGCAAGGGCCUCCGCUUGUUGCCCUACAGACAGAUCACGGGAGCUGGUCCACUUCCCACAGCUACUAAGUGACUCCUUGGCUCUUUCUACCAUCCCACAGAGAGCCUUGCUCUACCAGGAUGUCUCCUGAUGGAGGAAAGGCCCGAGAGAGAGGCCUGGCUCUAAAGCCAGAUGUGAGGAGAGGGGAGGAGGAGGCUUCCUAAUUGUACCCCUAAAGGACAUUCUGACACCCAUCCUGAGGUCCAGCUAUGGAGGGGAUUAUGGAGGGGCUAGGUUUUGCAGAGGACCCUGUAUUCAUUGUGAACCCUCAAAAGGAGCUAGAGGGAAGGAGGUGAGGAAGGAAGCAACAGACAGCUGGGGUGAAGCAAUUUACUAGCGAGAGGAUGUGGGAAUAGAUAUAUGGUCUGGAAUGGCGCUGCUGUGAGUUCACCAGAGGACCAGGGCUAGCGUGGAGAAUGGGAUGAGGACAUCUGUGAGCAAGCAGAUGGCAGAGGUUUGAAGGAGAAUGGCAUGGCGGGGGCCUUGGCCAACUGCUUGGGCUUCAACAGCCAAGGCCGGCAUAAAAGGCAUUCGUUGGGGGCUGCUCAGCUCCUGGUUCCUUGGGAAAUGUCGUCUUUGCCUUCUGUCCCCACUCAUCCAUCCUGAGCGAAAUUCCUUUGCCUAAGCAGGAAAGGGCUAGGAACCCUGGAGGCGAACAGAGACUUGGAUCCCCGGGCAAGUCCGUGUGUUUUAUGUAACUUCCGGUGGAUGCAAAUAGAGUCAGGGACCUUUAGAGCGAGACCCAGAGGCCCAGAUAUGGAAGGUGACCUGGCCAAGGUGAAUGAGCCCUGACCUGCAGACUCAAAGGAGUGAGGGAGUUGGAGCUGUCUCUGUCCUGCACAGACCCCUCCUUUCUUCUACCCCCAAACUCAAGGCUGGAAGUGCUUGGCCCCUUUCAGGAGCCCUGCCAGGCAGGGGAAAGAGUUGCUGCAGCCACCAUCAGAACUCUCUCCCGCCCGCCCCCCCCGCCCCCCCCCCCCAGGCAUUCUCCCUGCCCUGGUCUCUGGACUGGAAGUCUCUGGGCUGGCCCAAUACCAGGAAGUCCCGAGGCUAGCCAGCAUUGCCUCAGCCUUCCUCCCUGCCCACAGAGAGGCUCCCCUAGGCCGCAGUGAGCACAAAGAAGGAAGCAGAUUGUUCCUCUUAACUCCUGUUGGGGCUCUCUCUAAGGGGACUCGGGUGUGCCAUUUCUUGAUUCAAAAAACUUUCACCUGGGGUGGGGGGCUGGCUUUGUGGUGAGAAUGGCCUGGAGCAGGCCCCGUGCUGCUUUGGGGGGUCGGCAUCCAGUGUGAGAUACUAUGUAUAUAAACUAUAUAUAAUGUAUAUAAACUGGGAUGUAAGUUUAUGUAAAUUAAUGGUUUGUUCUUUGCAAAUAAAGCUUUUUUCCUC